UCAACGAGAGAGUCAAAGGAUCUGACCACCUUAAACCACUCAAACCUCCUGAAGAUGAAGACGUUCAGCGUUGCAGUUGCAGUGGCCGUUGCACUCAUUUGUAUUUGCAUUCAGCAGAGCUCUGCCACAUUUGCUGAGAUACGAGAACUGCAAGAGCUACAAGAGGCUGUGAGCAAUGACAGUCCAGCUGCUGAACAUCAGGAGGUAUCAGCUGACUCAUGGAUGAUGCCGUACCACAGACAGAAGCGUGGCAUCAAGUGUCGCUUUUGCUGCGGCUGCUGCAAUUCUGGUGUCUGUGGAUUGUGCUGCAGAUUCUGA